ACAGGGGGGUUGAGGAUUUGCAGCAGCACCACCAGCACCACCAGCAUCUGCAGCACCAACCGCAGCCUUAUCAGCAAGUAUCAAAUUGCCCGUACUUCAUGAAAACUGGUACGUGUGCCUAUGGAGAUCGCUGUCGCUUCUAUCAUCCCUCCGCGAAUGCGACGACCGGGACCGGGACUGCGCGGGGGGCGAAUCUUCAAGUGCCAUCCCCCGUUGGGCGGGCGAAGGCGGCAGAGCAUCCGGAACGUCCAGGGCAACCCAUAUGUCGGUUUUACGUGAAGACAGGAACGUGCAAGUUUGGCGCCUCGUGUAAAUUCGACCAUCCACGUGGAAAUACUCCUGUUGUUGGCAAUCCUUUGGUGCCAACAGCUCCCCAAGCACAGCAGCCGCAGCAGCAGCAGCAGCAGCAGCAGCAGCAGCAGCAGCAGCAGCAACAGCAGCGCGGGCCGGUUCUCAACGAGUUGGGGUAUCCCAUCAGGCCUGGGGAGAAGGAAUGCGCUUAUUAUAUGAGGACUCGUGAAUGUAGGUAUGGGCAAACGUGCAAAUACCAUCACCCGCCAUCAUUCCCUGCACCUGGGCCCAAUCCUGUCUAUCCAGGGCUGCCUAUUGCUCCGGCUCCAGGUCCGUUCUUGCCGGUACACGAUCCAGCGAUGCAGCACGCUUGGCAUGUUAGGGGCCCAUACAGAUUUCCGUUUGUAGGUCCUCACCCUGUCACCACCGGUCAAAUUCCGUUAUUUUUUCAGCCACAAACCCCUGCUAGUGGUCUUAUCUACCCUCCCCCCGUGAGUUGGUUCAACCCUUAUCUUCAGACAGCCGCUUCACAUCCGCCCAUGAUUUUCCCCCAACCUCAGUCGACUGGCAAUCCCUCUCAACAGCAGCAGCAGCAGCAGCAGCAGCAGCACACUGCCUCAAGCGCAGGCGGGACGUUCUUCUACGCUCAAGCGCCUGUAUCUGGCACCGCUCCCGCUACUGAUCAGCAGACGCAACUGACGCAAGUGACCAGUGGCGCCGGAACGCCCGCUGCCGUUCGACUAGGCACAGCAGCAGCAGCAGCUUACGUCCCGCCUCCAAGCGGAGGCCACAGUGACACCACUUCGUCGUUGCCAUGCGAAUCCGUUCCAAGUGGCGCUACUGCUUUGGGCCAUUGUUCCGUGCCUGGUUCUCAGGUCAGCGGCGGAGCGUGUGUGAUGCUCUCGUCGCCGAAGGACCAGCAGCAGCAGCAGCAGCAGCAGCAGAAUCUGUUCCCUGAGAGGCCAGGGCAACCGGAGUGUAAUUACUACAUGCGGACGGGCGAUUGUAGGUACGGGAUGACAUGCCGAUUCCAUCAUCCGAAAGAUAGGGCGGCGCCGAAGAACGUGGCGCAAUGCUCUCUGAGUCCAAUGGGCCUGCCUUUGCGCCCUGGACAGCCGGUAUGUAAUUACUACAACCGGAAUGGCUUGUGCAAAUUCGGUCACACGUGUAAGUUCAAUCAUCCCAUGGGAGGUGAUCUGGACUACGACCCAUCCGCGUCGUCGCUUGUGGAUAUGCCGGUGGCUCCGAUUUCCCCUUCUGCUAAUCAGUCAUAGUAAGGUGGGGGCGGUAGUGAGCGGUGGCGCACCCUCUUCCUCUCUUCCUUUUCGUCUUCGGUUGCUUAUGUGAUGGAUGAUGGACGAAGUUCACGGAAUUGAACUCAUUUUUUUUCUUGUGUGAACGUAAUCGUGUGUUGUUCUCAGGGCAUAGUAACACUAGGACUUUUGCCAUUUCUCAGGCUCUCUGUGUGGGACGUUAUUGCGGUCAGGUGCAUCCAGUCCGGGUUGGAAAAGCGGUCAUUCUUAUACUUCCAGGGAAGUGGUAGCGUGAGGACGGUCUGAAGCCGAAGCAGCAGGAAAAAAGACAAAAGGAGGAGCGAUGCGCUUCGACGUUCGGUGGUUUUAAGCGGAGAGGAGGGGGAAGGAGGGGGGCGGGGAAGAGGGGGGGGGGCGGGCGGGGAAUGCGUUGAGAGAUUGCGCCUUGUGAUGGUGAUCAGGGUGUGUGUGGCUUUCCUCCGCUCAUUGCGGUUCAGAAGCGGAGGGGCAAGUGGAGUCUGUGGACCGAAUACGGGCGCACAUGGCCUUCUGCCCGCCUGAUUCAGAGAUCAGGGGGAAGAGGGGAUUCGCGCGAGACCCAGCUGGCAAGCGGUUGGGUGAUUAGAGAGGGCAAGGCAGAUGUGUGUACACGUGCGGUGGGGUCGUUUUUUUUCCCUUCUCCGGUUGUGGUGCAUAGUAAAUAUGCCCCGUUAGCAGCCGUUUGGUCCGACUCGUCGAAUGACGACAAGGUAUUGAUAGACAGACGAAGGGUCACUGACUGGUCGCUGCUUUCCUCUCCCAUCGGAUUUACUUUUGAUCGCUGCUUCCUCAUCCGAUCGGACUUAAUCUUAUCCGAUUGAAUUUAAUUUCGAGUCCGAUUGGAUUUAUUUCUUUUCGGGUUGGAUUUAGUCUCUUAUCCGAUUGGAUUUAGUUUCUUUUCGGAUUGGAUUUAGUCUUGGCUGGCUGAUUGGACUUAAUUUCUUUUCGGAUUGGAUUAGUCUUAUCCGAUUGGAUUUUAUUUCUUUUUCGAUUGGACUUAGUCUUAUCCGAUUGGAUUUUCUGUUCGGAUUGGAUUUAGUCCUGAUCUCUGCAUUCGUCUCAUCGGACUGGAUUUGGCUUUGUUGUUGCUUACCGCCUUCUCAUUCUGAUUGGGUUUAGGAGUGAGUGCUCAAGCAUAAGAUCCAGUCAUGCUGCCUGCCGUAUUCAAAUACAGUUGGCAUUCUCUCGGACGAGGGAUUUGCCGCCACCGACAACAGCAGUGGCACGCUUUCACGCUUGGGGAGAGAGAGAGAGAGAGAGAGAGAGAGAGAGAGAGAGUCUGAUCCUCGCUACGAAGUGCAACUCGACAUGGGCUGGCCGCGCUUCUUCGAACGGCGGCUUUUUGUAUCAGUAGUUCUGGGCAGGUUGUCUGGUCCUGCUGGGCUCGGAUCGAUCGAUCGAUCGAUUGAUUGAUUGAUUGAUUGAUUGAUUGAUUGAUUGGUUAGGGUCGUAAACAGGUUCCUCCCUUUCGGUUAUGCCCUUGCGCGGGAAGGAUGUAUGGAUGGAUGGACGGAUGGGUGGACGGAUGGGUGGACGUGAUGAACGCGGCGGGCGAACCCGUUGUGGCGAAGAGAGCAAUUCUUCUGGGUGGGCUAGACUCGGAGGGGAGUUGUAGACGAUUCGGAGGGGGGUUGUAGACGAUUCGGAGAGGGUGAACGAUGCUCUCGGACGAUACGGAGAGGGCUAACGAUUCAAAUGAAGUUCUCGUGCACGC